ACAACUCGGACCGAUACUAGCGAUGACGGGGAUAUGGGUCGAACGAAGUACCGGCGGCUUCAGAGUUUCAUUUGAAUUGACAGCUCCGCUUCGACUGCUCUCCUCUCCUUCAAAUUGACCAGACCGUAUACUUAACCACAGGCCCGAGCUUUUCAAACCAUUACUAGACCUCCACGCCCAUCAUGUCCUUUGCCCUCCACCGUAGCCCACCCUUCCGCGCCGAACAUCUCGGCUCCCUCAAACGCCCGCAAUCCCUCCUCGACGCACGCUACAAAGACCACAAAUCUGAAGCUGAGCUCGCUCCCCUCGAAGACCGCGCCAUCCAAGACAUCGUCAAAACACAACUUGACCUGGGCUUCUACGGCAUCAGCGAUGGCGAGUACCGGCGACACAUGUUCUGGGGCACAUUCUGGCCGUCGCUGGAGGGCAUGAAGGAGAUUCAGAACCCACCGCUCGAUACAUUCAGGACAUAUGUCCCGGACAUUGCGGCGUUUCUUGAGAGUGGACAUCAGCCGGGCGAGAGCGUGUACUGUAUAGACAAGAUCAAGCAUACGGGGGAGAGCACUUAUGUGAGCCAGGUGGAGUACCUGAAGACGCUGUUACCGAAGGGGAGGUGGGGGGAUAUCAAAUUGACACUCGCCGCGCCAAACUGGUAUCAUCUGAGGUAUGUCGACGGGAAAGCGUACCCCAAGGAUGUGUACGCCAACGAUAAGGGGUACUUCGCGGACGUCGCGAAAGCGUAUCAAGUCGAACUCGACAUCCUCUACAAAGCCGGUCUUCGAAACGUACAAUUUGACGACCCCAAUCUAGCUUACUUCUGCUCCGAAAAAAUGCUCAUCGGCUGGAAAGAAGACACUUACAACACCAUCUCCGCCGACGACGUAUUCGAUCUCUACAUCCAACUCUACAACUCCUGUAUCAGCCAAGCCCCACCGGACAUGCAUAUCGGCGUGCAUCUCUGUCGGGGCAAUUUCGUCAACAGCCGGCAUUUCAGCGAAGGCGGAUACGACCGGAUCGCGACCAAGCUCUUCCAGCACCUGAACGUCCACACAUACUACCUCGAGUACGACACGCCGCGUGCCGGCGGCUUCGAGCCGCUCGCGCACCUACCUAAAAAUAAAAACGUAAUUCUGGGUGUUGUGACGAGCAAGUUUCCGGAGCUGGAGGACAAGGAGGAGCUCAAGAGGAGGAUUUAUGCGGCGGCGGAUGUUAUGGCAAAGGGCCAUGGGGAGACGAGAGAGGAGGCGCUCAAUAGGUGCGGGAUUAGUCCGCAGUGUGGAUUUGCGAGUCAUGCGGAGGGGAAUUUGAUUGACAUUGAGGGGAUGAAGAGGAAAUUGCGGUUGGUAAGGGAGGUUGCUAACGAGGUGUGGCCGGGUGAGGCAUAAUGAUAUUCAGGUUUUGAAGUACAUCGGCAGCGUAUCCAACAAGUACUACUACGGCUCAGUGAUGGGCACGUGAUCGGUU